CCUCCCAUUGGUCCUGCCCAGAGAGGGAGGGAUAAAGGAGCACCAGCCCUGCCUGAUUCUCAUGAGGGGCCACAGCUGGGAUGGACUCUGCCGGGCCCGAUGGUGGUGGCCGAGGUAGGGGGAGCAGCCCCUACUCCCAGUGGUCACGCAGGAAAGCUGACCAAGGGCCCUGUCGCUGGAGGUCCAGCCGCUGCUUCCCUCAGGACCAGAAGGCAUCCCAGGUCUGCAGAUAUUUCCAGAGGAGCUUCUGCUUCCAUGGAGAGGGAUGCAGCUACCGGCACCUGCCGUCUCCCCGUCACCUCCAGUGGGGCCGCCGCAGUUCGGAGCCCCACGUCACCCUGCCAGGGCCCCGGCUGGGGCUGACUCGCAGGGGCUCUGAGCCCUCCUACCUGCCCUCUGUGGCCGUCAGCUGGGGCUGCAUAGGGGCCAACCCAGACAUGGAGCUUGGCCCGGAGGGGCUGUUCGGCAAGGUUGAGGACGCUGGUGGCAGCUCCCGGGAGUCCCUGUCACUACCAUCUGCUGAUGGUGAUCACCACUACUUCCUGAAGCCUCCACCUCAGUCAGAUCCUGUCCGGGAGUUUCUGGCCCCAUUUCAGAGCUUUGACCUUGAGGUGCGGCAGGUAGUGGAGGAGGAUGGGGGAAGGACGCCAUGCUGGACCUCUGGGAUGCCCAGACCUGCUGGAGGAGGGCCCUGUGGUCCUGGAGCUGUAUUUGGGAGGGUGCAGGACAGUCAGGACGUCAUGUGUGGCAUCUGCAUGGACAAGGUGUGGGACAAGCCAGAGGAGGCCGAGCGGCUCUUCGGCAUCCUGCCCAACUGCAGCCACGCCCACUGCCUGGGCUGCCUGCGUGCCUGGCGGAAGAGCCGAGGGGACUUCCCGCCCGGUGUCAUCAAGGCCUGUCCCCAGUGCCGGGUCCAUUCCAGCUACAUCAUCCCCUGCAGAUUCUGGGUGAGCCAGGGGCCUGAGAAGGAGCAACUCAUCAGGAACUUCAAGGCUCGGACCAGCCAGAUUCAAUGCCGGUUCUUCAUGCGGGGGAAUGGCCGCUGCCCUUUCAAAUCAGACUGCAUUUACUUGCACCAGCUUCCAGAUGAGGCCCCGAGUUUUGAUCCUCUCUGGCCUGAGAGUAUGCAGCUGGCCUCUGUGGUGGGCACACCAGUGUUCCUAGGGGGCACCGAGCCAGACGAGGAAGUGUUCUUCAUGGACUGUGCCCUGGGCAUGGCUUUCUGGGGUUCAGAACUCCUCCUGGACCCCAAUAGUUCUUACAACUGCCUGCUAUAACCAGGAUCAAUGUGUGGGGCAUGGGGCCGAGGGGCAGGGGUUGCCAGGUAGUAGGUAUUUCCCCUUUUGGGGCUUGGUAAGGGACGAAAGUAGCAAGCCUUCUACCCUCAUGAACUGCAGCAGUGACACAGCUGGGGAACGAAGGGAGGGGGUAGGGUUCUCAGUGUCUUGGCAGGGACUGGGUUUUUAACUUUGCUCUUUUGCAAAAGGAUUCUGGAGGAAACCAAUAAAAUGUACCUAAACCAUCA